AUGACGGGAGCAGCAACUACAGCGUUGGUGGAGAAGAACAUCGCAGAUCAUCCAGAAGGACAGGAAACUCACACACCAGAGGAACAGCCGCGAGAGCAAGACCAACAACAACAACAACAACAAGAAGAAGAAGAAGAAGAAGAAUCUGACGAGGAAGAAAAUGGCCCGCCCAAGAAGAAAUCCUGGCGCUUUUGGGCCGUCUUCCCGGCCUUGUGCGUGACGACCUUCCUCUCGGCCCUCGACACGUCCAUCCUCUCGACGGCCCUGCCCACCAUCGCGCUCGAUCUCCAUAUCGGCGAGCUGUAUAUGUGGAUCACCAACUCCGGCAUGGCCGGCGGCGCCAACGACGCGCGGCUCAUCAUCGCCGGCCGCACCGUCCAGGGCAUCGGCGGCGGUGGGAUCAACACGCUUGUGGACAUCGUCAUCUGCGACCUGGUGCCGCUGCGCCAGCGCGGCAAGUACGUCGCGCUCAUGGCGGCGGUCUGGGCCGUGGGCACGGUCGUGGGCCCCGUGCUGGGCGGCGCCUUCGCCCAAUACGUCUCGUGGCGCUGGGUGUUCUACAUCAACCUGCCGCUGUGCGCGGCGUCGCUGGUGCUGCUCAUGCUGUUCCUGCGCGUCGGCCACCCGCACGCGCCCGACACCGCCUACGCGUGGUCGUCGUGGCAAGCCCUCGUCCCUCUCCUCCUGGGCCUCGUGGGGCUCGGCCUCUUCUACCUGCACCAGACGUCGCGCUUCUGCCGCGAACCGUCGAUCCCGCGGCGGCUCUUCCGCAGCGCCACGGCCACGUGCGCGCUGUGGAUCGCGUUCCUGCAGUCCGUGCUCCUGUACUGGGUCGGCUACUUCCUGCCCGUGUACUUCCAGGCCCUGCGCCGCGCGUCCGCCACCAAGUCCGGCCUGUACGUGCUCCCGAUCACGGCGGCGAUCGCGCCCCUCGGCAUCGUCACGGGCAUCCUCAUCGCCAUCACGGGCAAGUACCGUGCGUUCCACUUCCUGGGCUUCGCGUGCCUCACGGCGGCCACGGGCCUCUUCUCGCUGCUCGACGAGCACUCGCCCGCCCGCGACUGGGCCGGCUUCCAGGUCCUCUUCGGCGCCGGCUCGGGCAUGAUCUUCUCCAGCACGCUGCCACCCAUCCAGGCCACGUUGCCGGAGUCCGACGUCGCCACCGCCACCGCCACCUGGGCGUUCAUGCGCAGCUUCGGCUGCAUCUGGGGCAUCGCCAUCCCGACGACGAUCUUCAACGCGCGCGUGCAGGCGCUGCUGGGCGGCGUGAGCGAUGCGGCGCUGCGGGCACGGCUGGCGGACGGCGGCGCGUAUGCGCUGGCCAGCGAGGAUCUCGUGGGCCAGCUGGGCGACGCGCCGCGGCUCAUGGCGGAGGUGCUGGCCGUGUACCGUGAGAGUCUGCGGUGGGUGUGGUGGAUUGCGAUUCCGUUUGGCGGCGUGGGCCUGCUGCUGUGUUUUCCGAUCAAACAGCUGGAGCUCAGCGAGGAGCUGGAGACGGAGUUUGGGUUGCAGGAGGGGAGGGAGGGGAGGGAAGGGAGGGAAGGGGAGGCCAACGGGGAGGCCAACAAGACGGAGAACCGUAGCACCUAG